CCCUUCGACGCGACGCGCGUCAACAUGAUCGCCGUCGGCGCCGGCAUCGCGCCGAUGGUCCAGGCGCUCGACAGCAUUUUACACACGCCCGGCGACACGCGUCGCGUCGUCCUGCUCUACGGGAACCGGAGCUGCGAGGACAUUCUGCUCCGCGAGACGCUCGACGCCUGGGCCGUGACCCACGCGGACCGCCUCAAGGUCGUCUACGCCGUCGGCAGCCGCUGGGCGAACGUCGGCGUCCUGUGGCCGCGACGAGUCGGCUGGGUCGGCCGCGCGUGCAUCGAGAAGCACGCGUUCGCGCCGUCGCCGGACACGCUGACCUUCGUCUGCGGGCUGCCGUCGGUCUACGACUCGCUCUGCGGCCCGCGCGGCGACCCGGAGGUGGCCGGCGUCUUGCGGGACCUCGGCUACGCGGCCGCGGACGUCGUAAAGUUCUAG